CACCGCGCCCGCCGCCAUCCGCGCCUCCCCCAGUCCCCAUGGUUACGGCGCCUGCUUCCCGGCCGGUCCCUAGUCCCUGGCUGUCGCUGCGGAACGCAGGAGCAGAGGCGGCUGGCGUUCCUCACGCCGGAGUUCUGGAAGCUGCCUGCUGAGAUUGCAUUGAAUGUCUGCUCUCUCCGGCUCGGUCUGACUCACUCUCCCCCGGUGCAGAACGCCGCGGCUGCCGCGCGCUUGCCCCAGCCCGCCAGGGCUGCAGCCCUGCAAUCUGUUGAUAACUCCACUCCACUCGCAAGCUCCAGUGUAAUUGCCUUUUAGAAUGGAAAACUGUUCCCCAGCACCGAGAACCUGCCACAUCUCGCCUGCGCCAGGAAGUGCAAGACCUUUGCUUCUCCAGCUGUUUUUGCCAAAAUAGAAGCGUACAGCCUUGAGACCCUCACCCACCCCAUUCCGGUCACCUGAGGCACAUUGUCCAGGAGCUUGACCCCUUGACCUCUGUUUGGGACUUUGACCUUCUGGAUGGCGAUGGAGGCUGCUGGGGAGAAGGGCGCAACAUAAUCAUCUCGGCUAGUGACAACCCCUCCACCCGGUGCUAACACUUCAGUAACUUUGCAGUGCUCAUGGAUUUGAAGACUGUCCUCUCCCUGCCCCAGUACCCAGGGGAGUUCCUGCACCCCGUGGUGUACGCAUGCACUGCGGUCAUGCUGCUGUGCCUCUUCGCCUCCAUCGUUACCUACAUCGUGCACCAGAGUGCCAUACGGAUCAGCCGGAAAGGACGGCACACGCUACUGAAUUUCUGCUUCCACGCAGCUCUGACCUUCACAGUGUUUGCUGGUGGCAUCAACCGCACCAAGUACCCAAUCCUGUGCCAGGCGGUGGGCAUUGUGCUGCACUACUCCACGCUGUCCACCAUGCUGUGGAUCGGAGUCACCGCCAGGAACAUCUACAAGCAGGUGACCAAGAAGGCCCCAUCAUGCCAGGGCGCAGACCAGCCGCCGUACCCCAAGCAGCCCCUGCUCAGGUUUUACCUCAUCAGUGGAGGGGUUCCUUUCAUCAUCUGUGGGGUCACGGCUGCCACAAACAUCAGGAAUUAUGGUACCGAAGAUGAGGAUACAGCAUACUGCUGGAUGGCCUGGGAGCCCAGCUUGGGCGCGUUCUAUGGGCCAGCCGCCUUCAUCGCCCUGGUCACCUGUGUGUACUUCCUGGGGACCUACAUCCAGCUGCGACGCCACCCUGAGCGCAGAUAUGAGCUCAGGGAACAGACGGAGGAGCAGCAGCGGCUGGGGGGGCGGCUGGCGGUGCCCGAAGGGGGCCAUAGCCAUGGGACCCAGCCAGGCACAUCCCCCUCGUGUGACGCUCUGGCUGCCUCGCUGCUGCAGAACGAGCACUCUUUCAAAGCCCAGCUGCGGGCUGCCGCCUUCACGCUAUUCUUGUUCGCAGCCACGUGGGCCUUCGGGGCACUGGCUGUAUCACAGGGCCAUUUCCUAGACAUGGUCUUCAGCUGUCUGUAUGGCGCCUUCUGUGUGACACUGGGGCUCUUCGUGCUGAUCCACCACUGCGCCAAGCGGGAGGAUGUAUGGCGGUGCUGGUGGUCCCGCUGUCCUUCCCGUGGGGAUGCCCAUGCUGCCAAGCUCAACACCCGCCCCACGCUAGAUGCCAAUGGAGAUGCCCUGGGACACACGGCCUGCCUGCAGGACUCGCCGUGCCUUGGCAAGCCUCGGGGCUUUGGUCACCCACCUGCUGGCCACUGCAAGAUGACCAACCUGCAGGCCGCACAGGGCCAUGUCAGCUGCCUGUCGCCAGCCACCCCUUGCUGUGCCAAGAUGCACUGUGAGCAGCUAAUGGAGGACGAGGCCCACGUGCACAUGCACGAGGAGGAUGCCUUCGGACACAACCCACACCUGCACAGGUGCCUCAAGGGCAGAACUAAGCCUCACUAUUUCAGCCAGCACUCGGCAGCCACAGCAGAGCCAGAGUACGCCUACCACAUCCCAUCCAGCCUGGAUGGUAGUCCCCACAGCUCACACACAGACAGCGCCCCCAGCUCGCUGGAGGGCCCCAUGGGAGUGCACACGUUGGCCUGCUGUGCACAGGGCGAUGCCUUCCCCAUGGUCAGCCAGCCCGAGGGCAGCGAUGUGAGCCCUGCACACUAUGGCUGCUCAGCAAGGCCAGGCAGGGAGCUGGCCCUAGGCCCGGCACACCUGGAAAUGCUCCGGAGGACACAAUCCUUGCCCUUCAGUGGUCCCAGUCAGAACGGGCUACUCAAGGGUGACCUACAAGAAGGCCUGCCCUAUGGCACCGAUGGGACAGGCAACAUCCGAACCGGGCCCUGGAAAAAUGAAACUACUGUGUAGGCAAAACCUGGGACAUUACAUUUCCGGAGGAGCUUCAGAACAGAGUUGGGGGGCCUGUCCGCUACACAAGGGGUCAGUGGGGGGGUCGCCAAAAUGACCGAGCCUUUCAGGUGGUGUUCACGCCCCCCAACUGACCCGUUUGUUGUGAAAGACCCCAGUGGGGAAGACACUUUGGGCCAUGUCCUCCUCCAACAGACAGUCCCAAGGUUGGAUGUGCAGGUCCACGUAUGCAGUCGCCUGCCUUCUGUUCCUUAGCAUCCCAUCCCUGGGGCAGCCAGAAACAGAAUCUGAGAUUCUAUCAGAGGAACCUCCUGCAGGCCCCAGCAUGGUUCUGAGAAGGGCUGUGGAGCCCAGGAGCGCAGCCGCAUCCCUGUACUGCCAGGUUGUAAAUGGUGCGACCACAGCAGGAGGCUACAUCUGGUGUUCCCUAGUGUUCAAUGUGUGUGUGUCCAGUUUCGUUCCAGGGGCCAAGGCAGUUGCUCUGUCCAGAGCAUUCUUGCCCUGGGGAGGUGCCGUGGGUCCCUCUGCUAUCCCCGUGUCUGAGUCCCCUCUCCUUCGUCACUGGGGACCUAUGUUGUUCUUCUGCCCUCUCAGUGUCGACCGUCAGCCCUGGCAGGCCUGAGAGCAUCACAGAUGCUGAGGUUGCAUGGGAAGAGGGAAGCAGUCGGUGGCCGUCAGCCUUCAGAGGGCCGAAAUCUGUCCUCAGGUGCCAUGCCUUUGGAAAAUGUCCAAAUAUUUUUUAAUGGAGAUUUGACCUUCGAAGCCACUGUUGCCACUGGGAUUCUGCUCCAAUGUUCCAUUCCAUAAAGAAGAGGAGCUGACAGGGGCAGGAUGGUCCUUGUGGGCACCCUUUCAUUUGCAUUUCUAUGAACAUCUAGGCACAAAGCCCUGACUCAAAGGACAGCGUGAGCAUUCUGUGAAAGCAAGUGGCCCAUCCCCGGGUGGGGAGAACUUUGCAGGGGGGGAGCGCAUGUGUCUAGAGGGGCAUACACGUGAGACUGCACACAGCCAUUCCUCCUGCCCUUCCUUCUCCCAAUCUAUGGCACAUGUGCACAUACAGGUACACAUAUAUGCACAUGUGUGUCCCGUACAUACAUGCACAUUGUGUCUGCCACCCACAUGCACCCGGAUCCUCCAUGUGCACACAUGCUACAAACCACACAUGUAUAUCAUACACGGUGCACAUGUGUCUACACAUGCACACACAAUCACAGAAUGUUUUCUAGCCACCCGAGUGCCGGGUGUUCAUUGCAGAUGUUUUCACUCUGCAGACGAACAGUGUCAACGACAGUACCAGCCAUCACUGUGAUUAGUCAGUGUGCUCUGGCACCCAGGCAGGGAGGGCUUCACCAGGAUCCAUCCUCACACAGGCCUCAGAAGAAAGGAGCGUCGGACAGGGGUGUUCUGAGCCCCUUCCAGGCAGGUACACUCUGCACCACUGCGGUGGGAAGUGCUCUGCAGAGGGCUGACACUCAGUACCUGAGUUCCAGGAGCCUCCCUCUAAAGGAUGUGUAAACUUGACAAUGACGUUGCAACUUACUCCACCCGCCCAGGACCUGUGUGCCCUUAGAGAAUGACCGCACGGGCAGCUGGUGACCACUAGGCGGUGUCGGUUUCUGUCGCUGUCCAUCCUUUUCACCUGCUUCUGUAGCUGCCGAGAACCAGAAACCAGGCACUAUGCUGUGUACACACCGUAGACGCAGAGCGGUCUGGAUGAAAAUACAGUAUUUUGCAUUGUUCACACUCUGUGAGGCUGGUUAAUAGCACCUCGUGUAUGUGUGUGUGUUUCUUGCUCUUGAUGGUGGGAGGAAAUCACCUUAGUGUGUGGCCUUCGCUUCUGUGCCCUGGGGC